GGUUUCCCUUUAUGUAAUAAUGACUCCCUUAUGAGUAACCCAGGCUAUCUUCUGUACACACAACAUGCGCACAAAGUAUCGUCUGCAACAGUAAAAAUAAAGCAUUUGUGAUAAUUGCACGCCAAGUAUCAGAAUUCCGACCCAAUCCAAUUAAACUCGAUCUUUUUCUCCGGCGAUAUCUUUCUCCGUCGAAAUCCUUGGCGAUUUCUUUCUCCAAGUCAAAUUGUAGGUCCUUCACUUACCAUAGUUUCACGUCUAUUAGCUGGUGCAGUAGGUCGACGAUGCAAGAUGUGACCAUGCCAUCUCAAGUGAACUUUGUUGUUUAUCCUCAUUGCGUGCUACUUGAACCUUUUUUAAUCUAAUCACAUAUGCUAGAAGGUGCAAACACACUUAUUGAAAAUAACAUGAGACUGUUUUGCAGCCUAUAGUAAUUUCACUUUCAUGGGGACUGAGGAUUCAAAAAACCUUUGUGCAUCUAAUGAUCUUGAAAGAGGAACUAAAAAUAGUGAUGAUGGUGCAAAUGGAGAAACUUCCAAAACCACUAAUUAUGUUGUCAGUGAAAGCAAGGAACCUUUACAGGGAAGUGACAGUGACAUGGAUUUGGAGAGUGACCCUGGCUCACAAGUUGGUGCUGAGUUGACUGGAACACCGUCACAAGGCAGUGUUAAGUUGACUGGAACACCUUCACAAGGUGGUGUUGAGUUGACUGGAACAGCUGAGAUAACAGAAGAAGUAACUACCAUCAACUCUGUAUUACAUGCUGAGAAUGGACUUCUAAGUUUGCAAGACGGAAACAAUAGUAGCAAUCAGAAAGAGGAUCAAGGUCAUGUCACUCAGGAGAUUGUUGGUGUCAAAUGCUUAUCUGGAGUUAAGAGACCUCGUGCUACUCUUGACGUUGAGCAACCGUCAGUGCAUGUCGUUUAUAAUUCUUUAACAAGAGAGAGCAGAAAGAUGCUUGAGGGGCUGCUACAACAAUGGUCAGAGUGGCAUGCCAAACAUUGCUCUUCAGCACAUGAUUCAAGAGAAGUGUUAGAAUCUGGUGAAGAGACGUACUUCCCUGCUCUUCACGUUGGUUUGGGGAAACCUUCUGCAGUGACAUAUUGGGUGGACAAACAAGCAAGGAACGGCGAGAUCGAGUUUAUUCCAUUGGAUGGCAACUCUAUUCCUCUUUAUGAUCGUGGAUAUUCAUUUGCUUUGACUGCAACAGAUAGUUCAAGCAAUGUGGAAAGAGGAAUUGAAAUGGUUGAUAGUUCCCGAUGUUUCAAUUGUGGUUCGUAUGGCCACACAUUGAAAGAAUGCCCUAAGCCUCGUGACAAUGCAGCUGUUAAUAAUGCCCGUAAAAAUCAUAAGUCCAGAAGGACUCAAAGUGCCAGUUCUCGCAAUCCAACUCGAUAUUAUCAAGAUUCUCCGAGGGGAAAGUAUGAUGGUUUAAGGCCAGGUGCCCUGGACUCCGAAACACGAAAACUUUUGGGCCUUGGGGAGUUCGAUCCGCCUCCCUGGAUUAAUAGAAUGAGGGAAAUGGGAUAUCCACCAGGAUAUUUGGAAGAAGACGAGGAUCUACCUUCUGGAAUCACAAUAUUUGCUGAUGAGAAAAAUACAGAAGAAACAGAGGAAGGGGAAAUUCUUGAUAAAAGCAUUCCAAACCCGCCUAGGAAGAUGAGUGUUGAUUUUCCAGGUGUAAAUGCCCCAAUACCUGAACAUGCUGAUGAAAGACGUUGGGAGGCUGUGCCUUCGAGUUCGCGUUAUUUGAGAAGUCAUUCACACAACCAGUAUAACCAUGCACAAGACACUGUCAACAGAGGGCAUUAUCAUGAACAUCGUAGGUCUAGGGAUAUUGAAGAUGACGGACCUCCUGGUUGUGAUCCUGGAACUAGCCCCUCAUUGUCAGGGCACUCUUACAGAUAUGGGACUUAUGACUCACGUUAUUCAUCUCAUAGCCCAAGGGAUAGUGCUUCAAUGCCAAGAAGCCCUAGUUUUGGAAGAUCCUUGUCAGAAAGAGAUAGGAGAAGCCCACUUGUCAAUGAUGUCUCCUUUCACCACCGUUACUAUGGUUCCACUCGAUAGACUCUCUGGACAAUCUGAUUGACUGAAGGAUUUAUACUCUGAUUCAGUAUUCUCUUUGUGCCAUCAUUCCAUGAAGUUCAUCUUUCUAGUCCUCAGCAAGUUAUUGGAGUGUUGUACAUAAGCUAGAUCUGGAACGAGAUUAAGUGGAUAUGUGAGUUGUUGGUUCUUUUAGGAGUUACUAAACUGGAACUCCUGAUCUGUUGUUUUGUAAAAUAGCAACAGCUUGAUUUUCUUUCAGAUAAAUCCUGCUGUCUCCUGUUGAUCCUGUUGUACGCCUUUUUGGCAUUGCAACGUGCUUUGGUCAACUGCUAUGUAGCUGUAACUGACUUCUUUGAGGCUUACAAUUUUUCUGCUGCAGAAAUAGAUGAUAAUUACUCCA